UCGCCCCGAAUACACCAAACCAUAAAACCAGCAGAACAUCGUUGUGUCCUACACACUCAGCGAAGCACUGCCUAGCAAACAUGGCAACCAUUCCAAAACUACUGUCACUUCUUGUGUUCUACGCCCUGUCGUACUGCCCCACCUAUUCAUUGAGUCAAUUCUGCUACCGUCUUGCUCCACAACAAAUAACAGCUGUGGCUACUCCGUGCUACUACCCUUGUAUGCCGCUGUCAAGCUACGUACAGCCUAUAAUACAUAUGCAGCAAGAGAUGGAUGGAGCACCCUGCUCUAUUCCAGGUGGUCACAACCAUGGCCAUCAGGUAUCUCGAUGCAUGGGCGGCAUCUGCCUGUCGCCGAUGGCAUCCCAGGCACUAAAACGCGGUAAAAGAGGAUGCCUGCUCGUUCUAGCAGCGAAGAAGAUAAUAGGAAAGGUGAAGGAACAAGUAGCGGUAGAAGCGAUGGCGCAGCCGGCAUAG